AGUCCUGCACCACACGCCGCACAGAGAACUUGACGGUGGCCGCUCAGUGGUCCGGAGGAGCUCCAGCAGCACUCAGCCCAGCCGUUUCCCAGCCCAGCAGCUCUGCUCUGUCGGUGCGGACAUGACAGGAGGUCGGGUGUGUUAGCCUGGUAGCCGGUGAUCGGGCACAGGCCGCCGCAGCAGCAGCAGCAGCAGCAUCCAUCUGAGCGGGGACUGCCCCACCGGCCCCGGCGGCUGCGAGCUAACGUCAACCCGCUGAAUUCACCGGCGUAUAGGCGGUGUCAGGGACGAAGAGGCGCGGCGUGGGACCACGGGGCCUCCGGCUUCUGCGACUCGGUUUUUUACCGCUGCCCUGGAGAGUUUAGCACGCCGGAGCAACAUCCUGCUGCGAUGGACAACCUGAGUGAGGCCCUGGAGAAGCUGAAGCUGGCGUCGACAGACAGCGCCACUGACAGCGUGGAGAGCUGUCUGGACUGCCUGCUCAAGGCUCUCGGCAACAACAACACUGAGGCCAGUAUGAAGAUCCAGGAGAUGGGUGUUCUCCCACGGCUCCCCACCCUGCUGAGCCCCCAGUCUUCCUGCACUCCUAAAGUAGCCAACAUGAUUGCUGAGUUGGCCAAAAAUGAGUUCAUGCGGGGUCCGUGUGUGGAAGCCGGCCUCAUCCCUCCUCUAAUUCAUCUGUUAAACUCCAGCGACCAAGAGGUUUUACUGCAGACCGGCCGAGCUCUUGGCAACAUCUGUUAUGACAGCCAUGAGGGCAGGAGUGCCGUUGACCUGGCAGGAGGGGCUCAGAUAGUAGCUGAACACAUUAAAUCCCUCUACCAAAAUACUGAGCCGGAAAAUGAGAAGCUCUUGACUGUCUUUUGUGGCAUGCUGAUGAACUAUAGCAAUGAUAAUGAUUCCUUACAAGCCCAGCUGAUCAAUAUGGGUGUGAUUCCCACUCUGGUGAAGCUGCUAGGCAUCCAUUCCCACAACACAGCCCUGACAGAGAUGUGUCUAAUUGCCUUUGGGAAUUUAGCCGAGCUCGAGUCCAGCAAAGAGCAGUUUGCCUCCACCAACAUCGCUGAGGAGCUGGUGCGUCUCUUCCAGAAGCAGAUCGAGCACGAGAAGAAGGAGAUGAUCUUUGAGGUCCUGGCUCCACUUGCAGAAAAUGAUGUGAUAAAGCUGCAGCUGGUGGAGGCUGGCCUGGUGGAGUGUCUGCUGGACGUGGUGGCUCAGACUGUGGAUGGAGAGAGGGAGGAGGACAUCGCCCAGCUCAAGACCUCCUCCGACCUCAUGGUCCUCCUGCUGCUGGGAGAUGAGUCCAUGCAGAAGCUGUUUGAGGGAGGAAAGGGCAGCGUCUUCCAGAGGGUCCUGUCCUGGAUACCAUCCCACAACCAUCAGCUGCAGCUGGCGGGGGCUCUGGCCAUCGCCAACUUUGCUCGCAAUGAUGGGAACUGCAUCCACAUGGUGGACACUGGUAUCGUGCAGAAGCUUCUGGAGCUGUUGGAUCGGCACGUGGAGGAAGGCAACGUCACUGUGCAACACGCAGCUCUCAGCGCCCUGCGGAACCUGGCCAUACCCGUGGUCAACAAAUCCAAGAUGCUGUCAGCGGGCGUAGCAGACGUGGUGCUGAAGUUUUUGCAGUCAGAGAUGCCUCCAGUCCAGUUUAAACUUUUGGGAACAUUACGUAUGCUCAUCGAUACACAAGCUGAGGCCGCAGACCAGUUGGGAACCAACGGGAAGCUGGUGGAGAGACUGGUGGAGUGGUGCGAAGCCAAAGAUCACGCAGGAGUGAUGGGCGAGUCCAACAGGCUCCUGUCAGCUCUCAUUCGACACAGCAAGUCCAAGGAAGUGGUCAGAACUGUCAUCCAGGGAGGAGGAGUCAAGCAUUUAGUUACCAUGGCAACCAGUGAGCAUAUGAUUAUGCAGAAUGAAGCUCUGGUGGCUUUGGGACUCAUAGCGGCGCUGGAUUUGGUUGCAGCAGAGAAGGACUUUGUUGGAGCCAACCUGGUGUCAGUGCUGCACAAGCUGCUGUCGGAUGAGAGGAGUGCCCCAGAGAUCAAGUACAACUCCAUGAUCCUUAUCUGUGCAGUCAUGGGCUCAGAGCCUCUUCACAAAGAAGUCCAGAGCCUGGCUUUCAUCGACGUGGUGUCCAAGCUGAGGGCUCAUGAAAACAAGACGGUAUCACACCAGGCAUCGCUCACAGAGCAGCGGCUAACUGCCCAGAGCUAAAUGACUGUGUCCGAGACCCCCCCCCACACAAACUCACCUACCCACCCACUCACCUACCCACCUAAAUGCCUGCCUGACCACCUUAUCACCCAUGACACCUCAUGACUGCGCUCCUCUGUGCCCCAUUGUCACGUGCCAAGGUACCAUGUCGCGUUAACUGCCAGCCAGACACACAGCUGUGUCUCGACCCUCUGUCCCACCCACCUCCGAUAGGGUUAAACUGAUGUGGCUUUUAGAACGCCUGCACUUUCAGCGUCUUUUCAAAUCACAGAUCUGAGUUUUUUCUAUUUUAUUUUGAAUGACUUCACGCGAAAUGAGGGAAAGCCUCGUAAACAGAUUUUAGACCAUUAGAUACCAAACCUCUCCUGUUAGCCAUAAUAAAGAGAUUUAUUCUGGGUGGGUCAGAUGUCAGAUGAUUUAUUUCAGGCUUCACAGUCUGACGCCCCAUAUUGCUCAAGUAGUGGAUUUAUCUUGAGGUCAGAACCACAGACUUUAUGGCAUCUUUUUUUUUGUUUUGAAGUGAAGCAUCAGUCGAGCCCUAGUCCCCACCUCUACUUGUGCAUGCAUCUUCUGCUACAAGUAGCUCCACAGGAGCUGAGGCACCAUAGACAGCCUGACGCAAUAGAUUAAGAGACACUCUUUUACGACCAUAGCUGUGAUUCCAUCCGCCGGUAAAUCCAUCAGUGAAAGUCAGCACAAAAGAACAAAAAAAAAAACCCUGUACUGUUGUGAUUCAUUUUUAAGAAAACGCAGCCAUCUCUGAUGUGCCCAGUUGUGUCCCAUGUAGCUCAAAUAUAAACUGACUAGAAACUGUGCAUGUUUUAGUCCUGUUGAAGGUGUGUCAGUGUUCAUUUUACCUCUCUGCCACUCGCAUACCCCCAGAGAACCGCCUGCCCCCUUCUAACUCACAACUCCACUCCUGUUUUUUGCAGCUUGUUUUUUAAGACUUGGGUCAAGAGAUUUGAAUCCAGGUAGUUAGAGCCACAGUUUUCCAAACCAACUCUCCCCCUGGUCCAGAAACUCUACAGUUACAGUUCAGAGGCUUCACACGAUUCCAUCCCAUCACUGGAAGAGAAUCUUGGAAGAGCCGGGUGAAGAACAGGCCUGUAGUCAGUUCAACAGGGUCGCGCAGAUCUCUGCAGGUCGUCCUGGAUCCAGUACUGUCAUACAGCGAAUGCACGUAAUGUUGAAAAAUACAAACUCACCAGGUAGCAGCCGAUCGUCCUUAUGUGAUAUAAGGUGGGAGGAAAUAACACAUCAUGUGGGGGCAAAGAAACAUGUGUGAUUUAGCCUGACUCUUCCAUUCAAGUCAAAACAAACCACGUAAAUUAAAAGAUGGGGCAUGGUGUUCAAUGUCUUGAAUUUAAGAGCUUUCUCUGUCCCAGACAAAAUCACAUUCUUUUGUUUCUUUCCAUUCAUUAGACCAUUUUCUGCCACUUGGUAUUCUGCUGGGAAAAUUGUGUCUUCGACAUCGGACCAAUCAACGUUUGACACUUUGCAUUGUCUACAGGUAGAAGUGUUUGGUUUUUAGUGCUCUGGACCGAAUUCAAGAAAUACAGAUGUGUAUUGUGUUCACAUGAGAACAAAAAAACAUAUUUUCCUCUUUAGUGAAAGCAAUGCACUUCAUCUGUUUUAAAAUAUUUCUGGAUGAGCAGAGAAGGGGGUGUAACCCACGAAGAGCAGGGAAGAACAAAAUCAAAUUUGUGCUGAAGAUGUUACAACAUCAGGCUCAGUCCAGCAUCAGGACUCACUCUCUUCGGCAGACAGAAAAACAUGGGCCGUCAUUUGAGCAGAACGAACUAAAGCAGCCAUAUUCUUAUAGGUGUGUGUGUGUGUGGUCUGUUUGUGUGUUUGUGAACGUGCAUUGGGGAUUCAGACGCCUGAAGCCCAGUCUGGGAUCUGGAGAGAACAGGAAAGCGAGCGCUAACACAGAUCACCGUAUCACAACAACCGCAAGUCUCUCAUCCGUUCCUCUAGUCAAAGGGAAAACUGCAAACCCACACAUCUCAGCAUGUCCAACACUGUUACCGACACCCUGUGUUUCCUGGUCUGGGCCUAAACUUUUUGUUUUGUUUUUAAAAGGUAUGAAUGGUAUUUAUCAGAUUUGUGCUCUUCUAAAGACACAUGCCAGUCGAGGUGUAUCCAUAGUAACUGCGUAAUAAAAUACUAUAAACUUAAAUGUUUGUUGUAAAUGUCAUGAGUUGUACAUUUGGAGGAUUGUAACUCAGCAGAUAAUUAAAAGAUAAUAGCUGGUCAA